UUAAGUUAAAAUUACGGUAAAAAACAGUAGUUGUGAAGAAGAAAAAUAAUAGAAAAUUAGAUAAUGAAAACAGUUUAUCUAUACAAAAGUAAAGCGAUAAAAGUGAUACUCUUUCUUAUUCAUCUUAAGUGUUUUAUUUAUUUUAUGCACUCUCUCCAAUGCACUUAUUCAAUCCUUAGUAUAUUUAAUUAUGCAUAAUUAAAAAUUUUAAAAAAUUCAUAUUAAUAAAAUUUACAUUAAAGCGUAUCAAACAAGAUCUCACAUGACUAUAUAUUAACUCAUAGAUUAAUAAUAAAAUACAAUUUAAAAGUGAUGGAUGAAUAGUGUCUCAAAAGUAAAUAGGACAUCUAAGACAAGAAAAUAAGUUAAAAUUUUUAACUAUUUCUUAUUAAUAAUUUGCUAUCAAUCCCAUACUUACGGGUAUGGAUAAAGAGAUAUUGAUAAAUCUACUACAUAUUAUCUAUGUCACGUUUGUGAAUGUUCCAAUUAUUAUGUGGAAAAAUACAAUUUGCUGCUUGAAUGAUUAAUUUAGUAAACUUAAGUAUAUAAUUAUGAGAAAGAUUAAUUGAAUGAUUAUAGAGCCUAAAAUUUCUCCCAAGAGAAGGGACACGUUGCCUAUGUUAUAAACUGAGGACGGCACCGAAUCUUGUUGACUUCCUCUUGUUGUCUGUCAGCUUCAAUUCCUUUAUAUACCGCUUCUCUUGUACCCCUUAUACGGACCCUACAACAUUUUUGAUCCUCCACAUUUUAUUUAUUUUCUCUUUAAGCCUCAAUCCUCUCUUUCUUUACUCUUUUCUCUCUGAAAAAGCUGUUAUUUGUAAGACAUACACUUAAUAACUUUUGACACACAAUUAGUAACUUUUAAGGACAUACAAUUAUCAAUUAUCAUCAUUACAAUAAUCAUGGGAAGAGCUCCUUGUUGUGAUAAAAAUGGUUUGAAAAAAGGUCCUUGGACUCCUGAAGAAGACCAAAAGCUUGUUGAUUAUAUCCAAAAGCAUGGUUAUGGUAAUUGGAGAACUCUUCCUAAGAAUGCUGGACUUCAAAGAUGUGGGAAGAGCUGCCGACUACGGUGGACGAACUAUCUCCGACCAGACAUAAAGAGAGGAAGAUUUUCCUUUGAAGAAGAAGAGACUAUAAUUCAACUUCACAGCAUUUUGGGGAACAAAUGGUCGGCUAUUGCUGCUCGUUUACCGGGACGAACAGAUAAUGAAAUUAAGAAUUAUUGGAACACUCACAUUAGAAAAAGAUUACUCCGGAUGGGAAUCGAUCCUGUGACUCACAGCCCUCGCCUUGACUUAUUAGAUCUCUCUUCCAUUUUGGGUAACUCAUCUUUUUAUAAUAACCCAAUAUCCUCAUCACAACCUUCCCAAAUGAACAUGUCUAGGAUACUUGGAUUACAACCUUACCUUAACCCUGAGCUUCUAAAAAUAGCAACCUCACUUAUAUCAAAUCAACCACAAAACUCUAAUUCUAAUGCCCUAAUCCAUGAUUUUCAAGGAAAUGAUUAUAACCCUGUUUUACAAACUACUCAACUUCAAACCCCAAUUCCACAUCCUCUCCCUACCUGUACUACAAUGACAACUUCUACUACUGCUACUACUACUGCUACUGAUAUUGCUCGUUUUUCAGUACCAUUUUACGAUGAACCUCAAUUGAUACACCCAAAUUUCGAACAAUAUCCUACAAAUAUUCCUCAAUUUGAUUCUCAAACCUUGGAUCAAUGGCAAGACCAUAAUGAUUUAUCCAUGCCAGAAAAUUUGGUUAAUAUGCAGCCUUCAAGUUAUGGCUACUAUGACUCACAUCAGACUUUAAUGGGUCCUUCACUAUCAAAUGAUUCAACAUUUCAAUCAAAUAUUAGUGGACAUAAUCAAAGCAUGUUGAGUUAUACACAAUCAGUAAUGUCAACUCCAUCUUCAAGCCCUACACCUUUGAAUUCGAGUUCGAAUUCAACAACAUAUAUUAAAAGCAACAGUGGAACAGAAGAUGAAAGAGAAAGCUAUUGCAGUGAUUUUAUUAAGUUUGAAAUCCCAGGUUUUCUUGAUGCUAAUCAGUUUUUGUUAGCUCAAGUAAACUAAUUAAUCAUUAAGUGAUUGAUUAUUUACUCAAAUCGUUUUUUUUAGAUUAUAGUUUUUUUCCUUAUGCAUUAAUUAACAUGUUUAAUAAUUUUUUUGUAAACAUAUGUAUAAUUAUAUGAAAAUUUAAGUGUAUCUUUCAUAAGGAUUAUGGACUUUCAUCAUCAAA